CGAUCUGCUCGAACGUAUAACUGCUUCCCGCGUAUCUGUACGUUCCGUUAAGAGAGUCGCGAGGAUGGUGGCCCAUAAGCUGUUGAUCAAAAACGACAGCGUCAGGGUGUACUGCAAGAGCAUCUUCGACAAGUGCGACAAAGAUCAAGACGGCUUUGUCAGCCUAGAGGAGUUCAAAGAGUUCGUCAAAAGUAACGAGCAGGCGGCGGCGAAAAAUGCAGAGCCGCUCACCCCAAUGAUAGUCAAUGUGUACCAGAGAUUCGACCACAACCACGACGACAAGAUCGACUUUGAGGAGUUCCUCGACAUGCUCACCAACCCGGGCUUCAUGCGCGAGUUUUCCAACUUGGCGAGCAGGUAUAUCAAGUUUCUGGUCGUGCCGGUUUCAAGGAAGACGGUGCGGCUCAGACGUAUGCACACGAUAACCGGCCUGUACGAGGAAGAGAUCAAGUGCAGGCCUGCGGCCGUAGGCAUGCUAGCGCUCUCGCUUCUGCAGAUUGUGUUUUUCUACGCCGACGUCAAAGACGCGUUGACGUUCCGUUACGAUAAGCGCGCGGAAAUAUGGAGAUAUGUCACGUACAUGUUCGUCCACACGGACGAGUACCACCUGUAUUUCAACGUCGUCACCCAAAUAGCUGUCGGGUUGCCGUUGGAAAUGGUGCACGGGUGGCGGGUGCUGGUGAUAUACUGCGCGGGCGCGUUGGGUGGCUCCCUCUUCCAGUCAGUGAUCUAUCCGAACGAGAACCUGGUCGGAGGCAGCGCUGGUGUCCAUUCGUUUUUUACCGCGCACGUGGCCACCGUUAUCAUGAAUUGGCGCGAAAUAAGCCACCCGCUCGCGCAGCUCCUGCUGUUCGGCACUUUCACACUCUGCGACCCUGUCUACCGAUACGUGAAGUUCGGCAACAUGGGGCAGGUCAGUUACGUGUCGCAUUUGGGCGGUGCCGUCUGUGGCCUGCUGGUCGGUGUGAACAUUUUGAGGAACCUCAAAGAAACGCGGGCGGAGAACAUCAUCUGGUGGAUAUCGAUAUUCGCCUACUUCGGUCUGAUGACCACUUUCAUAUUUCUGGAGUUGCUGCUGCCCAGAGAUCGCGACGGUUAAACGCAUAGUUCUCCGCGCGAGCAACGACCUCGCCUCCCGAGCACAAGACUAAUUUCUUUUUUACAGUGGUAGGCCCGAUUUAUUUCUCCACAUUGGCUAGUAUUAAAUGUGGCACUCUCGAUUUGUGGACAGCCAUUUUUUUUGCGAUAUUUAUUCUCGCCCACAUCAAACAAUUUUAGGUUAGGUUUGUACUUAAAUCAGUGAACUCGAUCUAAACUGGAAUGGCCGCGGCGCGAGGCAUAAUUUUCAAUAGAGAAGGACGGCUAAUAACGAGGUUUAUUGUCUUUCUCUGGCUGAUUUAUACCAGUAUUUACCGAUAUGUUCUUAUUGGAAUUAUUUAUUAUUAUUUUCUUUAAAUAUUUGAUUAAUGGUUUAAAUUUUUUGAAAACCGGAAAAAGAACGCUUGCACAUUCUUAAAAAUUUAAAAUAUUUUAAAAAGUAUAUUUUAAAAUUAUCAACCUAGUUAUGCACAUUUAAUUUAAAAAAAAGGAGGGCAACAUAUUCAAAGAAAUUUUCUACUGUUAUAAUGUGAUAUAUACAAAUCUUCUGGAUUCCUAAUGCGUCGUAAAUCAGACUUACCGACAUUUCACUAAUCCUCCUGUUGGCUUUUUCAACAGUCAGUUUCAGCUGCUCUGAAGAAACCAAUAGACCAAUUUUAUAUUUAUAUAUUUCAUUUAAAUAACUCUAUGAUUCUUACAAAAAAAAAAACACAACUAACCAUAUAUUUUUUUUUAUUAUAACCACUCUCUUAUUGCAGUUAUCUGCCAUUAAUACCCUUCCUGCUUUAAAUAAAAUUCUAUAUUGGCAGUUUCACCACGACCAAUCCAGUUCGAUAGAUGGAGUUUACUGACUUAAACUAGUCAAUAGUCCCAUCGACGCGGUAUUUUUAUUUAUACGCUUAAAUGUGAUGAUAUUAUACAGUAGGGACCGAAAGUGCAUCACGAAUUGUAGUCUUUUUUUAAGUUUUUGGCUAAUUUAUUGAUUAU